CUCUCCCUCUCUCUCUCUCGCUCUCUCUCGUGGACCUACGGGUCUGACUGAGACUCGUGACAUUUCGGCCAGCACAUUCCCUACAUGUUGGACUAAGUGUGUGAGAGGACCCUCAGUCCAAGAUGAGUGAGGAAGCGAAGGAUAAGGGUGCCGGCAAGACAGCUCACCGCAAGAAGAAAGGCAAGAAGACUGACACCAAUGCCAGUUAUCUACGAGCAGCCCGUGCUGGGAACCUGGAGAAAGCCCUUGAUUACCUGAAGUCUGGGGUGGACAUCAACAUUUGCAACCAGAAUGGCCUGAAUGCUCUUCACCUCGCCUCCAAAGAAGGCCAUGUGGAGGUGGUGGCUCAGCUUAUCAAACUGGGAGCCACUAUCGAUGCAGCUACUAAGAAGGGUAACACUGCACUGCACAUCGCCUCCCUCGCUGGCCAGACAGAAGUCGUGAAGGAGCUGGUGACCAGCGGAGCCAACAUCAAUGCACAAUCUCAGAAUGGCUUCACGCCGCUAUACAUGGCUGCUCAGGAAAACCACCUGGACGUGGUCCGGUUUCUGCUGGACAACGGCUCCAGCCAGAGCAUCGCUACAGAGGACGGCUUCACACCGCUGGCCGUUGCCCUGCAGCAGGGUCAUGACCAGGUGGUCUCGCUGCUCCUGGAGAAUGACACCAAGGGGAAGGUCCGCCUGCCCGCCCUGCACAUCGCCGCCCGCAAGGACGACACCAAGGCGGCCGCCCUGCUCCUCCAGAAUGACCACAACGCCGACGUGGAGUCCAAGCUGAUGGUGAAUAGAACGACAGAGAGUGGCUUCACCCCUCUGCACAUUGCAGCUCACUAUGGCAACAUCAACGUGGCCACGUUACUCCUGAACCGCGGUGCCGCUGUGGACUUCAGAGCCAGGAAUGACAUUACGCCUCUACAUGUGGCGUCAAAGAGAGGGAACAGGAAUAUGGUCAAACUGUUACUGGACCGAGGUGCCCGGAUCGAUGCCAGAACCAAGGACGGUCUGACCCCUCUGCACUGCGGCGCUCGUAGCGGUCACGAGCAAGUCGUGGAGAUGCUGCUGGACCGUGGAGCUCAGAUUCUGUCCAAGACCAAAAACGGCCUGUCUCCGCUACACAUGGCCACGCAGGGAGACCACCUGAACUGCGUCCAACUCCUGCUCCACCACGACAUGCCCGUGGAUGACGUCACCAACGACUACCUGACCGCCCUGCACGUGGCCGCCCACUGUGGACACUACAAGGUGGCCAAAGUCAUCGUGGACAAGAAGGCGAACCCCAACGCCAAAGCUCUGAAUGGGUUUACACCGCUCCAUAUCGCCUGCAAGAAGAACAGGAGCAAAGUGAUGGAGCUACUGCUGAAGCAUGGCGCAUCCAUCCAGGCAGUGACGGAGUCGGGACUCACACCGAUUCAUGUGGCUGCCUUUAUGGGACAUGAAAACAUUGUGACACAGUUGAUGAAUCACGGCGCGUCGCCAAACACGGCUAAUGUGAGGGGGGAGACAGCACUUCACAUGGCUGCCAGAGCUGGACAGACAGGUGUGGUCAAGUAUCUGGUGCAGAACCGAGCUCUGGUGGAUACCAGGUCUAAGGAUGAACAGACCCCUCUGCACAUUGCCAGUCGCCUGGGGAAGCCCGACAUUGUGCAACAGCUGCUGCAGCAUGGUGCCUCCGCCGACGCCACCAGCACGUCGGGUUACACCCCUCUGCAUCUGGCCGCCCGCGAGGGGCACAAAGACGUAGCCUCCACCCUGCUGGAGCAGGGCGCUUCACUGGGCAUUACCACCAAGAAGGGAUUCACGCCGCUACAUGUGGCAGCCAAGUACGGCAAGAUCGAGGUGGCCAACCUCCUGCUGCAGAAGAGAGCCCCUCCAGACGCUUCCGGAAAGAGUGGUCUAACCCCACUGCAUGUAGCUGCGCACUACGAUAACCAGAAAGUGGCUCUCCUCCUCCUGGAUCAGGGGGCUUCACCCCACGCUGCCGCCAAGAAUGGCUACACGCCUCUGCACAUAGCUGCCAAGAAGAAUCAGAUGGAGAUUGCCACCACCUUGCUAGAAUAUGGCGCAGACACCAACGCCGUCACCCGGCAGGGUAUCACUGCCCUGCACCUCGCCGCCCAGGAGGGCAACGUGGACAUGGUCACCCUGCUGCUUGCCCGCGAUGCCGCCAUCAACCUCGCUAACAAGAGUGGACUGACAGCCCUUCACUUGGUUGCCCAGGAGGACAAAGUCAACGUGGCUGAAGUUCUGGUUAACCAAGGCGCCAUGGUGGACCCUGAAACUAAGAUGGGGUACACUCCACUGCAUGUCGCCUGUCACUAUGGCAACGUGAAGAUGGUGCACUUCCUCCUGAAGAACCAAGCUAAAGUCAAUGCCAAAACUAAGAAUGGCUACACACCCCUGCACCAGGCUGCCCAGCAAGGCCAUACACACAUCAUUAACCUUCUACUGCAGCACAGAGCCUCCCCCAACGAGCUCACAGUGAAUGGAAACACGGCUCUGUCUAUUGCACGGCGGCUGGGUUACAUAUCCGUGGUAGACACACUCAGGGUCGUGACAGAGGAGACUCUGACCAGCAUGACGGUGACCGAGAAACAUAAGAUGAAUGUUCCAGAAACAAUGAACGAGGUCCUGGACAUGUCCGAUGAUGAAGUUCGUAGAGCCAAUGUACCCGAAAUGCUCAGUGAGGACUAUAUUUCAGAUGUUGAUGAAGGUGACGAUGCCAUGACAGGGGAAACAGAGAAGUACCUGGGCCCUCAGGACCUGCGGGAGCUGGGGGACGACUCCCUCCCACAGGAGGGCUACGUGGGCUUCAGCAUCGGCGCCCGCUCCUCGAGUCCUAAAGUCAGCAGUCUGCGUUCCUUCAGUUCGGAUAGAUCCAACACACUGAACCGCAGCUCUUUCACCAGAGACAGCAUGAUGAUCGAGGAGAUCCUGGCGCCCACCAAGGACACGCACCUGGCUAAAGCCAGAGAGCACGAUGCUGACUCUCUACGGCGCUACAGCUGGGCAGCAGACACCUUGGACAAUGUCAACCUGGUCUCCAGCCCCAUCCACUCAGGCGUUUCCUCUCCGCUUCCUCAGAGCGACUCAAGGUUCCUGGUCAGCUUCAUGGUGGAUGCCCGCGGUGGCUCCAUGAGGGGCAGCCGCCACAACGGCAUGCGCAUCAUCAUCCCGCCGCGAAAGUGCACGGCACCCACGCGCAUCACCUGCCGCUUGGUCAAGAGGUCUAAGCUGGCCUCGCCGCCCCCCAUGGUGGAGGGAGAGGGGCUAGCAGGCCGACUGGUGGAGAUGGGCCCCGCUGGAGCUCACUUCCUGGGCCCUGUGAUAGUGGAGAUUCCCCAUUUUGGCUCCAUGAGAGGGAAAGAGCGUGAACUGAUCAUUCUCAGGAGUGAGAACGGCGAGGCGUGGAAGGAGCACCAGUAUGACUGCAAGACUGAAGCCCUCAAUGAGCUGCUUAAUGGCAUGGAUGAAGAACUGGACAGCCUGGAUGAGCUGGAGAAGAAGCGUGUUUGUAGGAUCAUCACUAAAGAUUUCCCACAGUACUUUGCUGUGGUGUCGCGGAUCAAACAAGAGAGUAACUACAUGGGUCCUGAGGGAGGACUUCUGUCCUGCUCAACUAUCUCACUGGUUCAAGCCUCCUUCCCUGAAGGAGCUCUGACUAAGAAGAUCAGAGUUGGACUUCAGGCCCAGCCAGUCCCAGAUGAGACGGUGAAGAAGAUCUUGGGGAACAGAGCCACAUUCAGCCCCAUAGUGACGGUGGAGCCACGCAGAAGGAAGUUCCACAAGCCCAUCACCAUGACGAUCCCUGUGCCACCCCUUUCAGGAGAGGGUGUCACCAAUGGCUACAAAGGGGACUCCACGCCUUGCUUACGCCUCCUCUGCAGCAUCACAGGAGGCACAUCGCCUGCCCAGUGGGAGGAUAUUACAGGCACUACCCCUCUCACCUUCAACAGUGACUGCGUCUCCUUCACCACCAAUGUCUCUGCCAGGUUCUGGCUUGCAGACUGCCAUCAGAUCCCAGAGACAGUAGGUCUGGCCACGCAGCUCUACCGGGAGCUGAUCUGUGUGCCUUACAUGGCCAAGUUUGUAGUGUUUGCAAAGAUGAACGACCCUGUGGAGUCCAACCUGCGAUGCUUCUGCAUGACUGACGACAAAGUGGACAAGACGCUGGAGCAGCAAGAGAACUUUGAGGAGGUGGCCAGGAGCAAAGACAUUGAGGUUCUGGAGGGGAAGCCCAUCUAUGUGGACUGCUAUGGUAAUUUAACCCCUCUGAUCAAAGCUGGGCAGCAGCUGGUGCUCAACUUCUACGCAUUUAAAGAGAACCGACUCCCAUUCUGUGUGAAGAUCAGAGACAACAGCCAGGAACCUUGUGGGCGCCUGUCCUUCCUCAGGGAGAUGAAGACAUCGAAGGGGCUUCCCCAGACUGCGGUCUGUAAUCUAAACAUCACCCUCCCAGCUCUCAAAAAGGAUAUGGACUCAGAUCAUGAUGAAGAGACUGCAAAGCCAGAACGACGUCAUACCUUUUCAUCUCUAGCCUUACGUAAGCGCUACAGCUAUCUGACUGAGCCUGGAAUGAAAACAGUUGAACGAAGUACAGCAAGAACACUGCCUGCUGGUUACGCUCACAAACCUGUCUUUUCAACAAGAUCUUACCAGGCAUGGUCGGCUACUCCUGUUACCGUCCUUGGGCAAACAAAAUGUGGACUGGGUUCCCUCUCCAACUCACCUUCCCACACGCCAGCUGCUUCGCCAUUAAAGUCAGUAUGGUCGAUAUCCUCAGUUUCUCCACUCAAGUCCACCCUGGGAACCACGAAUGCAUCUCCUGCUAAGUCCAUUAGUGACAUAGCAUCACCCAUUAGAACAUACAGAUCUAUCUCAUCUCCCAUAAAGACUGUUGUUCAGCAAGCCCAGUACCCGGGACCAGUUUCUACUGGUUUCAUGUCAUCAUCUCUUAAAGCCAGCACAGAUCCUCUGUCAAUCAAGGCACCUGCUGCUUCAUUGUCUGCGAGACCUAUCUCUGUCCCAUCACCGGGACCCAUACUUGAUAGAACCUUUACUACAGUAACCCCACCCGAAUGUCCAAAAUCAACUGCAAAUAUUUACACCUCUUCCUUGUCAUUCAAAUCAACACUUGUCUCUUCAGCCACUGUAGUAACAUCCCCCAUUAGAACUAUAUCAAGUCUGUCAUCUAUUAAAACUCCUGCAGAUGGAACUACAGUUUCUAAGGGAUCAAUUCUGUCAUCACUUUCUUCACCAGCAAAGCCUACUAUAGCCUCCCCUGACACAGUGCUGCUCAAUGGAUCCAUUUCACUGAUCAAGUACCCAUCUUCAUCAUCUGCGUCAUCUCGUCUGUUCUCAGGAGGGACUUGCAGUUUACAGGAGAGGAUACAGGCAACAACGCACCCAGCUACAUCCAGCGUUAGCACAGCCUUCAGUGAGGCUGAAAAAACUCUUAAUGCCUACUCAUCAUCUAACUAUGACACACUGAAAUCAAUGUCAUCUCCACUUAGAUCAAAUGUGUCCAGUUCAGUUUAUGCCUCACUUAGAUCCUCAGCUCCCUCCAGCACCCCAAUAUCUUCUGCUUCUGUGACGGUACCGGUGUUCUCCUUAGUAAAUUUUCUCCCUGAGCCUCAAGGAAAACAAGUACCAGACAAAAUUAUGAUUGUACCUCAGACACACACUCAGACACCAUCAUCUACUCCUAGACCUAAACCCCCCAAACCCCCACUCUUCAUUCCUCCUGCACCACUUAUAGCAGCCACUGCCUCACAACUGUCAUCCAGUCAAGAGAUGCUGAAGGAUGUGGCAGAUAUGAAGGAGGAUCUGAUUAGAAUGUCAGCCAUAUUGCAAACUGACCCUAUUCCUGUAACUAAAACCUAUCAGUCUCAGGCUUCCAAAGAACCUAAAAUGGAAGAUGAGGAACCUUAUAGUCUGGUUGAGAAAGUUAAAGAAGAUCUUGUCAAAGUUGGUGAAAUUCUUAGUAAAGAUGUUCUGAGUGAGACAGGAGCGUCCACUAAGGCCUCCGAUGACGAAUGGGAAGAGUUCUCUAAAGACGAAAUAGAGGAGGCCCAGGAGAAUGUUCUGAGACCUUUGCCCAUGUUCGAUCCCACUCUCCCUGUUAAGCCACAGUCUGUGCAAGACAAAGAUCUCAGUUUAGCCAAGGUUGUUGACUAUUUAGUGAAUGACAUUGGCGCUAGCUCCCUUUCUAAACUUUCUGGUGCAAAGACCAAAUAUGAUGAAAUGACGGAGGGAGAGGAAAAACAAAAGCGUAGUCUGAAACCCGAGCAUAAGCUGAAAAUGCCUCCUCCAGGCAUGCGCACCUCUCCUUCAGAGAAAGAUCUGUGCAAAUUAGCUGACUCGUAUAGCGGCACAGACGCCAUUUUGGAAUCGCCUGAUGAAUUUUCCCAUGAACAAGAUAAAAGCCCCCUCUCAGACAGCGGCUUCGAAACCAGAAGUGAAAAGACACCCUCGGCUCCUCAAAGUGCAGAGAGCACAGGGCCCAAACCCUUGUUUACAGACGUUCCCAUUCCGCCAGUCAUAACAGAAACCAGAACAGAGGUUGUUCAUGUUAUCAGGAGCUAUGAACAUCCUGAGGAGGCCUGUGAGCCCCUAAUGGAAGAUGCAGCACCCUUGACAUCACCUGCUUGCAUUGAACCUGAGCCAGCAGCUGGCUCCAUUAAAGACAGAGCAAAAGCUUUCCAGAUGAAAGUUAGUUCUGAAGAAGACUCUCUAGUGAGUAAAAGUAUGCAUCUGAAAGAGGAGACACACAUCACCACCACCACUAGAAUGGUCUACCACAAACCCAAGCUAGUAGAGGCAGGCUCUGACAGGAUAGAAGAAACCAUGUCCGUUCGAGACAUCAUGAAAGCUUUUCAGUCAGGAAGAGACCCCUCCAAAGAACUGGCAGGCUUAUUUGAACAUAAGGCUGGUCAGGAAUCUAUAAAAGGGGAUGAAUUAACCCCACGGUUCCUUGAAAAGGACACAAAACCCAAAGUUGAAAGAAUAAUUGAGGUUCACAUAGAGAAGGGCAACACGACGGACCCAACAGAAGUAAUCAUAAGAGAAACAAAGAAACACCCAGAAUAUAUAUGCAAAGGUAGCCAUAGUCUGAAGGAACUUCCUGAUAGAGUUGAGGGAGAUUAUGAGGCUCUGCAGGAAGAAGAAGAGCUUACUGUUGAGGAAACGCUGCCCCCUUUCUUGGAAACCUCUAGAGUCAAUACACCUGUGUCUCAGGAGGAAGACAGUCGACCCAGUUCAGCCCAGCUAGUUGCUGAUGACUCAUAUAAAGCUUUUAAACUCCUGAGCCAGCAUUCCAUUGAGUAUCAUGAUGAUGAAUUGUCUGAGUUGAGGGGAGAGUCUUAUAAAUUUGCUGAAAAAAUGCUCCUUUCUGAAAAAUUAGACAUAGCUCAUUCUGAUACUGAGGACUCAAACCAGGCACAUGAUAUAAUAACCCCUGAAGUGCAAGGAGCAAAAGGAUUUUAUGGAGAAAAGGUCUCUGGUCCCAAGAAGGAGCCCAUUUUCAGGUCAGCAAGGGACACAUCAGACAAAUCAGGAAAAUUCACUCAUAAAGAUGAUCAGUAUGACAAACUGACUGUGUUGCAUUAUACCACAGAGCCUGGAAGCCCCAAACACUCAGUCUGGAUGCGUUUUACCCAAGACAGGCAGGACAGAAAUAGAGAGAAACUUAUAUAUGAAGAUCGGGUCGAUCGAACUGUUAAAGAGGCAGAGGAAAAACUGAGUGAAGUUUCACAGUUUUUCCGAGACAAAACAGAAAAGCUAAAUGAUGAGCUUCAGUCCCCUGAGAAAAAACCGCUCAUAAGAGACUUGAGGGAGACGCGGUCAGGGCCAAGCUCAGUAUGCAGCAGUCCCGAGAAAAGAAGGGGGAGGAGUGAGGUGCAGUCUGAAGAGGGGGGCAAAGGGAGGCAGAUGCUGUUUGGCAGCACAAAUGAAAGAAGAAGUGCCAGUUUGCCAAGCAGCCCAGAGAGGUGUGUGCAAUCACGCUUAAAUGAGGAUAAAUCAAAACAGGAAAAAGUUCAGGAGUCAAAGCCAAGUGAUGCUUCUCCCCCAGUUCAAGUGAAGCCUUCCAGAGUGAGCUCUGUCCGACUAAAAUUUGAAACAGAAGCCCAGCGACAAGAUGACAGUAUGCCUACCACACAGUCAAAACCACCCACUAAAAAACAGGAAAGUAAGUUACCCAUUUAUCAGCUUUUUACUGGAUCAAAGACCUCCAAGGUUGAUUCUACAGAGGAAACAAAGCCUCCCAAAAAGGUUGCUGAGAAUGAGACAAAUAAAGGAACCACUGGACAAGGAUUGUGCAGUAGUAAAUUGGGAACUACAUUCCCAAGGGAAUCGAAUGAAAAAGAAUCAGCCAAGCUUUUAACAGAAAUAUCUGACAUUUCAAGUAGCGUAUUUAAACAAAAACAGCAGUUUCAAAAGGUUACAGAAUUAGAAACUGACACAAAUGAAAAUCGUGAUGAGGCCAAGGAGAUAACUAGUGAAAGUUGUAAAGAAAAAAUCGUUUACUCCAUAAAAAAUGCUAGUAUUAUUGAUAAUCAAAGUAUAACAAGUGUUGCUAUUAAGGGGCAACAUUUAAAAAGUGAGUCGACAGUUCAGGAGAUCAAAUUAGACAGCAAUGAUUUGCAAUUUAAAACUCUGAAAAAAAAGACAGACUCUCAAAUUCCUGUGAGAGCAUCAUCUUGUUCCCCAAACGCUGAUCAGGCCAAAAAACCAAAGCAAGACACAGUAAUUAAGCACCCAGAAAAGGGCACCUCACAGAUACCAACCCCGAAUAAAACAAGAGUGCAGGGUCGCUCAGAGGCUGCAACAAAGAAGUCUAAAGAUUCUUUAGAGAGUAGCACUUUGAGAGAGCCAAGCUCAGGUAACCCAAGUGACACCAGUUCGGUGGAAAAGUUAUCUACGGUCACAACCAGAGAGAGUUUCAAGGGAUUAAAAACAUUACCAGUUUACGUUAGUGUACAAGUGGGAAAACAAGGUGAGAAAGAUUCAGUGGGAGGGUCGAAUGGAUCCAUCAAAAAACUCUCAGAGAGCCGAACAAUUUACACAGUCAAACAAAGGCAGGCAACAUCUCCUCAGGGUAGUCCUGAUGAUGACACCCUUGAACAGAUAUCUUUUCUUGAUAGCUCUGGAAAAAGCCCCAUGACCCCAGAAACGCCUAGCUCAGAGGAAGUCAGUUAUGACCUAACCUCUAGAACUCCCGACUCUUUCAUGGCAUUCAUGCCAGGCAUUGCUAGCCCAAUCGCUGAGGUUUCAGAGGAAUCAGAGGAUUCGGAGCAAGGAAAAGCCUUUUCACUCAAAGGACCAGCCAAGGGCACAGCAGCUGAGCCAACCAAUGAAACUCUGGACAUGGGACAACCAAGUAAAGACAAACGUGUUGCAUACAUAGAGUUUCCCCCACCCCCUCCUUUGGACUCUGAUUCAUCCCAUGCCGAGAAAAAAGGAUCUUCUCCAUCCUCAGAGGCUGACACUGAUAUGAUGGAGGUCAACCUUCAGGAGGAACAUGACAAACAUCUGCUUACUGAACCCAUAAUUAGAGUUCAGCCUCCAUCCCCUGUGCCCCCGGGAGCUAAUGACAGUGACUCAAGUGAAGAUGAAUCGAUAUUUCAGCCUUUUCCUAUAAAGAAAUAUACUUUUAAGCUUGAUGAUCAAGAGAAAGAUGAAAAGGAAACUAAAUCUAAUAAUGACAAGAAUGGGAAUCAUAAAGAACCUGCGAUAAAUGGCAACAGCAAAGGAGACGAUUAUGACUACGAACAGAAUGGCAAUGAUCAGUCUAUUACAGACUGCUCAAUAGCAACAACUGCUGAAUUCUCUCAUGACACUGAUGCCACGGAAAUCGAUUCUCUAGAUGGAUAUGACUUUCAAGAUGAGGACGAUGGGUUUAAUGAAUUCAACGGAAAACCAUUUGGAUUUUCAAAUGACAACAGAAAGGACAUUUGGGCAUCCGAAGGAACGCUUAGACCUAGUGACCGUUCUUUCAGCCAAAGUAAACUUGAAGUAAUUGAGGAGGAAUCGCCAACCGAAGAGUAUAAAAAAGUGAAAACUAAGACUAAUUCCUCAGUUAUAAAAUCCGAAAAUGGAAAAGACAAUGAAAAGGACAAGAAACAAUCUACUCAAGAGGGACUUUCAGAUACUUACUUCAGCUACAAGCUAGAUGAGGAGUUUAACACCCCAUUCAAAACUAUUGCUACAAAAGGCUUGGACUUUGACCCCUGGUCAAGUAAAGGGGGCGAUGAUGAAGUUGUCGAUGCUAGGAUUAAAAAUGAUGAGCCCAAGCCUUUUGGGCUCGCUGCAGAAGACAAGUCCCAGACAACUACCCCUGACACAACUCCUGCGAGAACUCCAACCGAUGAAAGCACACCGACUAGUGAACCUAACCCGUUCCCCUUCCAUGAAGGGAAGAUGUUCGAGAUGACCCGCAGUGGUGCGAUUGACAUGAGCAAGAGGGAUUUUGUUGAAGAGAGGCUGCAGUUUUUUCAGAUUGGCCCUCAAAGUCCUUGUGAGAGGACGGACCUGCGUAUGGCUAUAGUGGCUGACCACCUUGGCCUGAGCUGGACUGAGCUGGCCAGGGAAAUGGAUUUUUCGGUUGAUGAGAUAAAUUACAUCCGUGUGGAGAACCCCAACUCACUGACAGCUCAGAGUUUCAUGCUAUUAAAGAAAUGGGUUAGCAGAGAUGGUAAAAAUGCCACAACGGAUGCCUUAACUACAGCGCUGACAAAGAUCAAUCGGAUGGAUAUUGUGACAUUGCUGGAAGGGCCAAUAUUUGACUAUGGUAACAUUUCAGGCACAAGAUGUUUUGCAGAUGAUAACGCAGUUUGCCGGGAUCAGGCUGAUGGUUACCACAACAUCGAUCUGGAGCUGCAGAGUCCCACAGAGCUGAGCUAUGAGCCCCCCACCCCUCUCCGCCACGACGAUUUCUUUAGUGAGGAUAGUAGCAUAGUCUCACCCACUACAGCCCCCGUUAGACCCAGUGAGCUAGCACUGCCCACCACCUCCAUGGAUGCCCAGCCCCCUACUGUUGUACCUGAGGACACCUCUUUGGGAGGCAGAGGGUCCUGCAGUCGCAAGAGCGGCUUGAUCGAAGACGACCUGCAUAUAAGCCACGAGUUGACAGCCUCUCUGGAAGCCUGUGACAGUGAGGAGGAGUUCGGCGUUCCAGAAGUGUUCACCAAGCACUUGCUGAGAGUGCAGGAUCCGCACCAAGCAUCAGCAGUCCAGCCUGACGCCCCUCCCAGCGGAGGCCUUGGCCCAAAGGAGAGCAGUGGGUCUGGUUUUGCUGAAGAGGAGAUGAGCCAGGAGAAACUCAAGUCCCUUUUGGGGGACAAUAAAUUGGAGGAAGGCUCAGAGGAUGAGGAGAUGACUGAGGUUCAAAUGAUUCUCUCACAAGUGGAGCAGGCAGAAAAAGAUAUGUCUUCAAUUGCAGGGUGGCAAGGAGAGGUGUCCGAUGUCAAUAGGGAGACGUGGACUUCUGGUCAAGGGCUGUGCACUGAUAUGCAAGUACCAAAGGAGAGUAGCCAACAGCCUGCAUCCUCUGGCCCUGAGCUGCAAGCUGAGACGAGGAAUGGGGAACAUCCCGCACCCCAGAGCCACGCUGGCAUUCUGCCUGAGGCCGAGGGGCCAGCAGCCAAAGUCAAGUGCAAAGUUCUGAAAGACUCUGCGAGGAAUGAGCUGAGUGGGGACAUCACGGAGGACAGCACAGAGGAGGAAGACUCAACACAGCCAAAAGUCGAGCAGGGGGUGCACAGGGACAGUGGUUCCAGCUCUGAUGAGGAACACACAGUGACCACCAGGGUGUAUCGGCGCAGGGUGAUUCUGAAGGGCGAUCAGGCCAAAAACAUUCCUGGUGAGUCAGUCACAAAGGAACAAUUCACAGACGAAGACGGAAACGUUGUCACCAGAAAAGUCAUCCGGAAGGUGGUGCGUCGUGUGGCUGGAACGGGAGAGAAGUGCAGGAAGACGAGAGGCAUUUGCUCCCAGCUGGAGCCAGCCAAGGACGUGAAGGGGCCCCCUGGGGGCCUUAAACACCCCACAGAGCACCCCGAGGUCAGAGGCAACACAGGGAGCCAAAGGGAAGAAGAAAGACGCCAGACCAGGGGAGAGCAAGGGUCAAUCAUAACAGUGAUUGGCAGUUGUUUUGUGGCUGUUGUCCUGGGAAGGAGGUAACUGGAAUCACAACGGCAGGAGACCUGUGGAGGGGGGAUUGUGUGUCUGCAGCUUUUAAAUACACGCAUGGUUUUCAGGAAGAGGAUUUUGUUGAUUUCGCAUGAGCAUGGAAAAAAACACAUUCUUUCUGUCAGUGGCAUGUGGGGCGUCUGAUUGGUGCAGCAAGACACUGCGGUGCUGCGAGACUGGAGAUCUGAGGCUCCUUCUGCACCCGAUGUGGGAGGAGGGCCAACAAUGGCACCCAAGAAUUUCUGCAACCAAAGAUGGUUCAAAAAGUGUUGUGGACUGACAGAACGGAGGACACGUUUUCCUUUUUUCCUUUUUUUUAAAAUCACCUUCUCCACUCGCCUUACUUUUUUCCCUCUGACUCAGUGCGUUAGGCUGUAUAAUGCUGUUUUUGGAGAUCUUGUACAUAAAUCAAAACUGUAUAAAUUCUAAAGAUAAGUAGCUCACAAAUUCGUAAAUGCACUGGCAAGAGGGAUUUGCAAAGUGCAUUGAAAUGAGAUGAGAUGAAAUGAAAUGCAAUGCUCACACUGAUUUUAGGGCAAAGCUUAGGUGUAAUGCCACAUGUACUUAUGUAAUGAAUUGCGGAUGAAUGAACUUUUUACAUUAAGACAGGCUUGCUCACUUUUAAUGCCAGACAUUUCUUUUAAACACACUGCUACUUUCAAAACAACAGCAAAAUGGGUGUAGAUGCAGUUCUCUUUAAAAACUUUUCCUCAGAGUACUAAUUUUGAUGCAUGUGAUUCGCCUUAUUUUUGAUUUCUUUCUAAAUUACAUAACAAUAGGAGUGAAAAAUGUUUAUCUGUGUGCACACUCCAUAGCCUCGUUUGUCACUAAUACCCUUUUCUAAUGACACCUCCGCACCCUCACAGAUUAAAAGUGAAUGAAUGGACAGAACUCGGCGUUUCUCUUCAUGAGGAUUCACUGUGUCCCCACACGCAGCUAAAGGUUUUCUAUGCUAUGCAGUCACAGGCCUGACGUGAGAGAGCGAUUGCACCAUGGCAACAGGCACAUUGUAAACUUUUAAUUGUUCUUAUGUGUACUGGCUCGAAGAUGUAAGAGUCUUUCUGUAAGCCAAGCAUUUGUAAUUGUUCUAGCCAUGUGUUACUACGUUUCAAGGCUGCUGUGGUCUCGAGGGGCAUUUUUAUUUGGGUUUGGUGAAAUAUUUCCUUAUGUUGAUUAUACUUAAAAGAUCCUGUUCAGGCAUUCAUGAAUCAAUCUGGUAACAAUGUAUGACAAAACAUACACUGGAUGAUUGAAUUAAUUAUUUAAGCUUAAAUAAAUUGUGUAAAACUCUCA